GCGGCGCUGAGGACCCGUUUGUAUCUGUGGAAUGCAGUCGGCAGGCUGGGCCUCAAAUAACGGCGAUUACGCAGAAAAUCAAAAUACUGGGCUGCCUGGUUCAGGACCGGACGCUGAGCCAACCUAGUGACUUGGAGCUUCAAAGCCAUGGCAACAAAGGAAUCAGAUGCCAAAGCAGCGUCAGCCCUCACCUCAUCAGCCAAUCAGAGCAAACAAGUGUAUGAAAAGCCAAACUAUGCUCUCAGAUGUACUCUUGUGGGACAUAUGGAAGCAGUAUCAUCAGUUAAGUUUAGUCCUAAUGGAGAGUGGCUAGCAAGUUCUUCUGCUGACAAAGUAAUUAUAAUUUGGGGAGCCUAUGAUGGAAAAAAGGAGAAAAUACUUCAUGGUCACAGUCUGGAAAUAUCAGAUGUUGACUGGUCAUCAGAUUCCAGUCGUCUUGUUUCUGCCUCAGAUGAUAAAACUCUAAAGAUUUGGGAUGUGAGAUCAGGAAAAUGCUUGAAAACGCUGGAGGGGCACAGUAAUUAUGUGUUUUGCUGUAAUUUCAAUCCACCAUCCAACCUCAUAAUUUCAGGAUCUUUUGAUGAGAGUGUGAAAAUAUGGGAGGUGAAAACAGGCAAGUGCCUCAAGACUUUGUCUGCUCAUUCUGACCCAGUUUCUGCUGUUCAUUUUAGUUGUAAUGGGUCCUUGAUAGCGUCAGGUAGUUACGAUGGCAUCUGUAGAAUCUGGGAUGCUGCAUCAGGUCAGUGUUUAAAAACACUUGUUGAUGACGAUAACCCUCCUGUCUCUUUUGUAAAAUUUUCUCCAAAUGGUAAAUACAUUCUCAUUGCAACUUUGGAUAAUACUCUUAAACUAUGGGAUUAUAGCAGAGGCAGAUGCCUGAAGACAUACACUGGUCAUAAAAAUGAGAAAUACUGCAUAUUUGCCAAUUUUUCAGUUACUGGUGGGAAGUGGAUUGUGUCUGGUUCAGAGGAUAACCUAGUUUACAUUUGGAACCUUCAGACUAAAGAGAUUGUACAGAAAUUACAAGGUCAUACAGAUGUCGUAAUCUCAGUAGCUUGUCAUCCUACAGAAAAUAUCAUUGCAUCAGCAGCAUUAGGAAAUGACAAAACAAUUAAACUGUGGAUAAGUAACUACUAAACCCUUUAGAAAUCAAGUAGUAGAGCCAAGUUGGCAAAAAGUUGUAUAUUUUAAAAGAUGAUUUAUCUUAAUUUUGGCAUGGUUUUGUAUUUCUUCUUAACAUUGUCUUGAAUUAUAUAAGAUUUUAAGACCUAUAACCUAAAUUUUUAAAGUAAGACAGUUGGAAAAGCAAGUCUAGAACCCAGGGCUUCUGACUUUAAAUCUUGAAGUUUGUUAUUAAUCUCUUGUGUCUGUCCUUGAAUAGAUUUCCAUCCUAUUCUUCUCAAUGACUAUUCUAAAGGAUUGGUAUAUUUGAGGAAUAUUUAGAAGAUUCACAAGACAGAAUGAUUAAUUAAAUGAGGAGAGCAAAGGAGUUUGGAAUAACUCUAAGGUUUUUGGUUUGGGAGAUCAGAUGAAUAAGAGCAUAAGCCUGGGAUGGUGUUGGACUGGAGAUGUGUGUCAGGCACCACUCACACAAAGUGAUAGCCUACCAAAUGGGACAUGAAAUAGUCUAUGGAAUCAAGACCUUAAUUGGGAAAAAUAAGUCAUGGUUAGGUUUGUUCUGAGAGUCUAAAACAUUAUAAAUGGCAUUUUACUGAAGGACCCCUAGAUGGCUUGUCAGGUUGUGCCCUCCUGAUUUUCAAACAAGUUAAAUGUUGGAAUGGUGAGGCUGCUCUCUUGCAUUAUGUGACUGACUCACUACUUCCUAUCCAUGCUUCAAACUUAGUUCAGAAAUCAGCACUUUGUGGAGCCAUCACUGCCUGUCUGGCUCCAACCACAGUUGGCAGCUGAGUUAGGUUUUAUUGCUAUUUCUUUUUUUGAAAAGAAAGCAUUUUUAUUAUUAUUUUAAAAAAUAUAUUUGAUUUCAGAUUUCAGAGAGGAAGGGAGGAGAGAUAGAAACAUCAAUAAGAGAAUUAUUGAUCAGCUGCCUCCUGCACGCCCCCUACUGGGGAUUGAGCAACCGAGGCAUGUGCCCUUGACUGGAAUUAAACCCAGGACCCUUCAAUUUAAAGGCUGAUGCUCUAUCCACUGAGCUAAACCAGCAAGGGCUAUUGCUAUUUCUAUCAUUUUGUUAUUAAAGUUCAAAAUAUAUCACUUAUCAAUUUGUAUUGUAAUGGUUUCAUAGGCCAUGUUUCCAGUAUAUUAUGUGUUCUGUGGAGGCAAGAAAUAUGUUAUACUAUUGAUCUUUGUAUUCUCAGUUUUUGUAUAUAGAAGAGACUCAAGUAAUGUUUGAUGAAUGACAAUGAAUUAUAUCACCAGCACUUAAUUUAUUCCUUGCCUGCUUUCACUAACUUUUUGGAAUCAAUUCCCCAUACUAUUAUUUUUGUUGUAUCUGAGUAUAAUCUCACAUUUUAACUUUAUUCAAUGAAGGCUUAUAUAACAUACAAAAUGGAAAAUGGUUUCUGCCCACUACCUAUAGAGACAGGGUAAACAUGAAAAAAAAAAUCUAGAAAUUAAGCAAAAGAUAGUACAACAGUAAUUUAAUUGAAAGUAUCAAGAGCAAAACUGUCUUCUUUUGUGUUCUACAAUAUUUUAUACUAGUGCUCAUUAAAUCUGAAUUGCUUUACAAGUUCUGAAGAACAUAAGAUAAUAAAAGUUACUAGUAGGGUAUGACUGCUGAGAAGUUAGUAUGUGAGGGUACUGGGAGAAGUGAGAUUAGAUAGGGGCAGGUCUGAAAUUCUGGCCAAGAAAUUUGUAUUUAAUCCAUAAAGAGGUAGUCACUAUAAGCUACUGAACAGAAAAAUGACACAAAAUGAGAAAAGAUUGUGUGUAUUCUUGUUGCAUAUGUGAGCUUUGGUUUAAGGAAACAUUUUUAUUACAAUAACUCUCCAAGAUACAACACUUUAAAAUGCUACUUUAGAAAUUAAAAAUGGUAUUGUUCUAUGAAGAAAGAUUACUUAUUUUUAAAAGAAGUACAUUAAAAUUUACCCAUAUUUAGAACAUUGGUUUAGGUAAGAUGUAACAUAAAUGUUCCAAAAUAAUAAACUAAUCUAAAAUGUGUAAGAAACAGAGCUUUUUGAUAGUAAAUUUUGAAGUGAUAAAAAUAAAAGAAUUUGGUAUCUAAAAAGAAGCUAUGGUCAAAUUAUUCUAAAAUAAAAUUUAUAGACAAACAUCAUUAACAUCAGAUAGUUACAAAGCUCUAGGUAAACUGAUGUAUUACAUUUUAUUAAGCCAAGUUCCCGAACAGCUGCAUUUUAAUCUGCUAUAACCCUCUUAUGAGACCAAACAGAUUAAGAUGGCUGUGAGGACUUGUCAUCCACUAUUAUUUGUGAGAGAAUAAAUGACUUUAAAAUAGAAAUCAUCAUCUAUACCUAAAUAUGAGACAGCUUAGCAUCCCAGUCAAAGUGAGAUAUAUACCAGGUGCAAAUGCAACCUAAUAAGAAAAUGCAUUUGUGCCAUACCGGUUUGGCUCAGUGGAUAGAGCGUCGGCCUGUGGACUGAAGGGUCCCGGGUUCGAUUCCGGUCAAGGGCAUGUUGCAGGCACAUCCCCAGUAGCGGGUGUGCAGGAGGCAGCUGAUAGAUGUUUCUCUCUCAUCAAUGUUUCUAACUCUCUCUCCCUCUCCCUUCCUCUCUGUAAAAAAUCAACAAAAUAUAUUAAAAAGAAAAAAAAAAAAGAAAAUGCAUUUGAUAGACUUUCAUAAUUGAGAAGUUUAGUGUAAAGGCAGCAGGACAAGGACCAGUUAGGAAUUCUAAGCCAUGGAGCAGAAGAGGUGACUGCUGGUCCCAAGCAAUUCAAUGAUGCUAGGAUUUCAAAGUCCUCAGAAACUUGUGGCAAGAUCAUUAUCAUCACCUUGCUAGGACAUUUUCAAGGACUGUGCUCCUAAAAGCCUCUAUGCCAGCACACCCCAGAAUGGCAACGUGUGGUCUGUCUGCUUUCCAGGGCUCUGAGAAGAACCAUGGCACUUGAGGAGGUUAGCUCUCUAAGAUGCACUUGGGCAGUGUACUCAGCUGGCCUUCCUUAUCUCCCCAGAAAGGAAUACAAAUAAGAGAGAGAAAUACAGAAAAAAGCCAUUUUGGCUUCAGGGGAGAGGUCACUUUGGUAAUGGGAAGUAAAGUAUGAUAUAGAACCUGACUCGAAAGAGUUAAUAUUUAAGUCAAAAUAAGUUGUCUCAUUU